AGACGGGUAUACAGAACAACAACACACGUACCGCAGGAAUUAGGACAGAUAAUGGAUUCAGAAACAUUUGAAAAAUCUCGCCUGUAUCAGCUGGAUAAAAGCACUUUCAGCUUUUGGUCAGGCCUGUAUUCGGAAGUUGAGGGCACUAUGAUUCUCCUUUGUGGAGGAAUUCCUUUCCUCUGGAAUCUGUCUGGUAAGAUCUCUGGUCGUGCUGGGUUUGGAUCAGAAUAUGAGAUUGUUCAGUCAUUGGUAUUUCUGCUGCUUGCAACACUCUUCAGUGCAGUGACCGGUCUCCCAUGGAGUUUAUAUAACACAUUUGUCAUAGAAGAGAAACACGGCUUCAAUCAACAGACACUGGGAUUUUUUUUUAAGGAUGCUAUCAAGAAGUUUAUCGUGACUCAGUGUAUUCUGUUGCCAGUGACAUCCCUUCUGCUUUACAUUAUUAAAAUAGGGGGAGACUACUUCUUCAUCUAUGCCUGGCUCUUCACAUUAGUUGUUUCCUUGGUGCUUGUUACAAUCUAUGCAGACUACAUUGCACCUCUGUUUGAUAAAUUCAUUCCGCUUCCUGAGGGAGAGCUCAAGCAACAAAUUGAAUCAAUGGCAAAGAGUAUUGAUUUCCCAUUGACUAAGGUGUAUGUUGUUGAAGGUUCUAAGCGUUCUUCUCAUAGCAAUGCUUAUUUCUACGGCUUUUUCAAAAAUAAGCGGAUAGUACUCUUCGACACCCUCUUGGAAGAUUAUUCUGCAUUGAACAAAGAGCCAGCAGAAGAAGAUGGUGAGAAUGAAGAGACAAAGUCUAAAACCAAAAAUAAGAAACAAGGAUGUAAAAACGAAGAAGUUCUGGCUGUACUUGGUCAUGAAUUGGGUCACUGGAAACUAGGUCACACUAUCAAAAAUAUUAUCAUCAGCCAGAUGAAUUCCUUCCUCUGCUUCUUCUUGUUUGCUGUGUUAAUUGGUCGAAAAGAACUCUUUGCUGCAUUUGGUUUCUAUGACACCCAGCCUACCCUGAUAGGCUUGAUGAUUAUUUUCCAGUUCAUUUUUUCACCUUACAAUGAGGUUCUCUCAUUUUGUUUGACUGUUUUAAGCCGACGAUUUGAGUUUCAAGCAGAUGCAUUUGCCAAGGAACUGGGGAAGGCCAAAGACCUAUAUUCUGCUUUGAUCAAGCUGAACAAAGAUAAUUUAGGAUUCCCUGUUUCUGACUGGAUAUUUUCAAUGUGGCAUUACUCCCAUCCACCCCUUUUAGAAAGACUUCAGGCCUUGAAAGAUGCAAAGCAAGAGUGA